AGCAGCACGAUGUCAGGAAGAGGCAAGGGCGGGAAAGGACUCGGGAAGGGAGGCGCUAAGCGGCACCGUAAGGUUCUCCGCGACAACAUCCAGGGGAUCACCAAGCCCGCUAUUCGCCGUCUGGCGCGCCGUGGCGGAGUGAAACGUAUUUCCGGUCUGAUCUACGAGGAGACUCGCGGUGUACUCAAGGUGUUUCUGGAGAACGUCAUCCGCGACGCCGUCACCUACACCGAGCAUGCUAAGAGAAAGACCGUCACCGCCAUGGAUGUGGUGUACGCGCUGAAACGCCAGGGACGCACCCUGUACGGCUUCGGCGGUUAAACACUCCACCGGCUAACGACACGAACACAACGGCUCUUUUAAGAGCCACCCACAUCUCCAGCAAAAGAGUUUUUACUCCGUGUUUAAAAGGAAAGUAAUGUGCAUGAUAUUUAUAUACAACGUCUGUAUAUAGCGGACAAAAUUUUUUUUAGAUGUUUAUCAGUUAAACACUUAAAGUAAAUCGGUUAACAUUGUUAGUUGGAAGACGAUGUGUUGGAGUCUUCAGCUUGUAGGAAUAAUUAGGAAACUGUUUUUAAAAGCCUUCGAAUGCAAGUCUUUUUGUAAGUCGCUCUGGAUAAGAGCGCCUGCCAAAUGCCUAAAUGUAAAUGAACAAAGUAUUUAAAGUUUGUGGUACACACUCUACUUAUAAAAGUGGACUCUUUUAAACG